GCGUCCUCGCUAUGGCCUCGUUAUUUGCUGCGGAGGAAGUCGUGUGGUGCGUCUGCCUCGCCUGUAGCAGGCGGUGGCGGCGACCCUGGGCGAGAUCAGGUAAAGCGCAUCUGGGGAGUCCCUGGAACCAGGGUAUCCGGGAAACCUCGAGACUCACUGAAUGCCCGGUGCUGCUCUGCCCAGCGAGGGCUCUCCAGACAUUUUCACCGGGCACUCGUCGUUCCUGUCAUCUCUUCCUGAAGUAACCAUAACCUUGCUACCGUUUGCUGAGGGCCCACUGAAUGCCAAGGACUGUGCAUAGUUAUCCCCGUUUCUUACAACAGCUCUAUAAGAUGAGGAAACCCACCCCACUGGCCAGUUAGGAGAGUUAGCUGAGUGGCUUUGGAAAGCACCCCGCCGCUGCCUGGCACAAGUGAGAAGUUUUCUGGACCAGCAAAGCAGAGGGAACCCAAACUUAGAGUGCAGCGAGUCCACUCAGGUCGGCCCCAUGGCCAUUCCACAUGAUACGAAUGAAACUCCCUAUUUGCUACCACCAAACAGUGAGGACUGGGAAGGGCGAGGUGUUCCUGACUUCAUCUAUGGGAAAGAAGAACUCAUGGCAGGAGGGAUUCAGUGGCCAAGGAAUGUGUUGGGCACCCCGGCAUCUCUGCCACACUCUCGCUUUGACGCUGCACUCUGCUCUGCCUGGCAGCAGCGGAUGGAGCUAGGACUGUUCCGUUACCGCCUCGGAGAACUGCAGACCCAAACCCUCCCUGGUGCUGUGGGCUUUGUAGCCCAGCUCAAUGUGGAGCGAGGUGUGCAGAGGAGGCGCCCCCAGAACAUCAGGAGCGUCAGGCAGGCUUUUGACCCUGAACAGUUUAACUUCAACAAGAUCCAGCCAGGCGAAGUCCUCUUCCGUUUGCACCGGGAGCCUCUUCUCCCUGAUGCUCUCCAGCAAGAGGACAUCCUUGUGAUGAUCAACGUCAGCCCCCUGGAGUGGGGCCACGUGCUGCUGGUGCCUGAGCCCACCUAUGGGCUCCCCCAGCGCUUGCUGCCGGGUGCACUGCGGGCAGGAGUGGAGGCUGUGCUGCUGAGCUCACACCCAGGCUUCCGCGUCGGCUUCAACAGCCUGGGUGGCUUGGCCUCAGUGAACCACCUCCACCUGCAUGGCUAUUACCUGGCCCACAGACUGCCUGUGGAGGGGGCUCCAAGCGAGCCCCUGGACCCUGCAGGCCAUCUGCAUCUGCUCCAGGCCCUCCCAGCUCCCGGCUUCCUCUUUUACACGAGCGGGCCAGGGCCUGACUUGGAAUCCUUGAUAACCAGGGUAUGUCGGGCCACUGACUAUCUGAUAGACCAUGACAUUGCGCAUAACUUGUUUGUGACCCGGGGGGCCCCACCUGGAAAGACAUCUCCUUCCUCAGCCCUCACAGGGAUCCGAGUCAUCCUCUGGGCCCGAAAGUCGAGUUUUGGGAUAAAGGAAGGCGAGGCCUUCAAUGUUGCCCUCUGUGAGCUAGCCGGACACCUGCCUGUGAAAACAUCCCUUGACUUCAGCAGCCUGACGGAGGCUGCUGCCCUGAGCCUCAUUCAGGCCUGUCUGCUGUCCCCAGCCCAGGCAGAAGAGGUGCAGGCAGCCCUGGUGGCUCUGGUGACCCAGGAGGAACAGUAAUCUUGUGGCAGGAUUUAUUUUCUAAGUCAUCUAA